CGCUUUUUAUCAUGUGCACCACCGCAUACGUCACUGUCUGGAGCGCGGAUUAUUUUCACCCUGUGUUUUGGUCCACUGCGACGGGUUUCUGUGGUCGCACAGCUCGGCGAUCGAGCUCGUCAUGUCGGACACAUGGAGUAACAUCCAGGCCCAUAAGAAGCAGCUGGACUCGCUGCGGGAAAGGCUGAAGCGACGGCGGAAGGACCCGGCGCAGCUGUCCGGGUCGGAGUCCGGGCUCAGCGCUGAGGGGUCCACAGCCAGCAGCGACAGCCCAGCUCCGUCAGCUCCCUCUACUUCUCAGGAGGAGACGGAGAGGCCACCGGACCCUGAGCUGGAGAAGAGGCUGCUGGGAUACCUCUCCGAUCUGAGCCUCUCGCUGCCCACGGACUCGCUGGCCAUCACAAAUCAGCUCAACAGUGCAGAAGGUACGGUUACUCACAGAUGCAUCCAGAGCCUGCUGCUCAAGUUCUCCGCCCAGGAGCUCAUUGAGGUCCGGCAGCCUACCUCCAUCUCCUCCUCUUCCUCUCCGCCCACCACCGUCGUCGCAGCCGUGGACCACACGAAGUUGUGGGCCAUGAUCGGCUCUGUGUCUGGAGCCCAAAGAGCCGGGGUCAAGAGAAAAGCCGAAGACCAGACCCUAGGUGGCUUUUCGCCUAAACUUCAGAGCUCCGCGUCUCCUCCUCACGCGUCCUCCUCCUCCAUUACGCCGGCUUCCUCCCUGCAGCUGCCGGGAACUUCGGCGACAGGAAGCGGAGCCGAGAAGAAGGGCCGCAGCAGCAAGGGCCAGUCGUCUCACAUGGACAUGGAGAUCGAGAGUCUCCUGAACCAGCAGUCCACCAAGGAGCAGCAGAGCAAGAAGAUGAGUCAGGAGAUCCUGGAGCUCCUUAAUGCCAGCACAGCCAAGGAGCAGUCCAUCGUGGAGAAGUUCAGGUCUCGUGGCCGAGCUCAGGUCCAGGAGUUCUGCGAUCACGGGACAAAAGAGGAGUGCGUCCGCUCCGGAGACACACCACAGCCCUGCACCAAGCUGCAUUUCCGCCGCAUCAUCAACAAGCACACAGACGAGAGCCUCGGCGACUGCUCCUUCCUCAACACCUGUUUCCACAUGGACACCUGCAAGUACGUGCACUACGAGAUCGACAGCCCCCCCGAGGCCGAGAGCAGCCUGAUGGGGCCCCAGUCGGGGACCCCGGAGAUCGGGCUGCACGCCGAAGACGCCGACAGCAACGUGGGCAAACUCUUCCCGUCGCAGUGGAUCUGCUGCGACAUCCGCUACCUGGACAUGGCCAUCCUGGGGAAGUUCUCCGUGGUGAUGGCCGACCCGCCCUGGGACAUCCACAUGGAGCUGCCGUACGGCACGCUGACCGACGACGAGAUGAGGAAACUCAGCAUUCCCGCCUUGCAGGAUGAUGGUUUCCUCUUCCUCUGGGUCACUGGGAGGGCCAUGGAGCUGGGCCGGGAGUGUCUCAGCCAAUGGGGCUACGAGCGCGUCGAUGAGAUCAUUUGGGUGAAAACCAACCAGCUGCAGCGGAUCAUUCGCACAGGCAGGACGGGCCACUGGCUGAACCACGGGAAGGAGCACUGUCUGGUGGGUGUGAAGGGAAGCACGCAGGGGUUCAACCGAGGUUUGGACUGCGACGUCAUCGUGGCCGAAGUCCGCUCCACCAGCCACAAACCGGAUGAGAUCUACGGCAUGAUCGAGCGGCUGUCGCCCGGCACCAGGAAGAUCGAGCUCUUCGGACGACCGCACAACGUCCAGCCCAACUGGAUAACCCUGGGGAACCAGCUGGACGGCAUUCAUCUCUUGGACCCGGAGGUCGUGGCCCGCUUUAAGGAGCGAUACCCAGACGGAGUCAUCUCCAAGCCACACACACAGUGAGGAUGUCACUGUGUGUGUGGAGUUUGAUUUUGGACUGAUUUCUUUUUUCUUUUAUAACUGUGAAUACUCUUUUUAAUAAACAUUUCGGGACAAGACGCCUCGUCUGUGUUGUGUUUUAGAUGAAUGUGGAGAGAGGACUUUUUGCUACUUGGUUGGAAAAUGUUUAUGCAACCCAAAUAUUUUAUAUUCAUUUUGGGCAUUUAAUGACAGAUGUGAGUCUAUUUCACACCUCGGAACGAUUUAGCAAUAAACAAGUCUAGGGAAGUUGAUUUGGUAGGACAAGUUUAAAUUCAUUUUGGGUUUUUCUCUAAUUCACACAAGGGGAAAGUGAUCCACAAAAGCCCAAAUGUACGCAUACACACUCUUUUAAGAAAUGUUCAUUUGUUCCUCACCAAAUCACACAUCAGUUUGUGUCCAUCAAUAAUCUCUUGUCUUUGUUCUGGUCGGAUAUUUGAACUCUGUUUGUGGCUUUAUUUGUUGCUCUUUCCCAGGAGUUUAUUUUCAGUUUUUCCAUUUCCUGGUGCAGGUGAGAAACAGAGAAAUUGAUUUUGACCACUUUUUUCUAGUCAGUAAAUCCUCACUGGAAAAAAAGGAAAGACCCACAAAUCAAUAAUAUUAUUGCCUGUGAUGAGUGACUGUAAAUUUCUAACUGAAAAUGUAAAAGAAAGCAAAACAUCAGAGUCACUUGAUGUAAAAACAGGUUUUAUUACAAAUUUUGUUAGCAGACCUCUGCAGCUCAGGAUAUAUUUAGGUUGUCAGUGAGGAAAUUAUCCCCACAUAUGUCAUCAUGUCAGUUCAUUGUAUCUAAGCACAUUAAAGUACCAUUAAAACAUUUCAUGUUUGAGAGUUUGGAAGGAAAAGAGUGAAAAUUAAAUAGCAGCAGAGAAAUAGAAAAGUCGCAGUAUGGCUCAGUUUACUUUGUCCUUUUCAAAAACUUUACAUAAAACAGCUGGAGUGACGUUUUCAUGUGCGAUUUCAGGGAUAUUUGACCUUUGUAACAAAAAUAUUAAAAAUCAUUUUUUUUACUCCUUAGUAAUUCACUACAAGCUUGUGAAUUUAGAAAGUUAAAUGUACAGGAACCAGUUAAUAUUAGUUCUGUGCUUCAGACUGAGUUAGUCAUGACAAUCUCUACAACUAAAAAAAAAAAAAAAAAAGGUUAAUUUAAAA